GAAAAAGAGAAUCCAAAAAGGCCGUGCACAAGAAGAUCAUCAGGAUCAUGCUGGCUGGAAGCACUGGGAACCUCUGGAAAGUCAAACCUUAAAAAAGAUGAGGGGAUUGGGCAAAGGAACAAAGGGAAGCAGGGGGAGAACGUACACAGCUGAUUGGCUGACUGGGAACAGGUGUGGCUAAUUAAACAGGUGAUACUAAUGAGGGCAGGGCUGAGGAAGCUAAGGGAAAACUGUGAAAGGAAGGAAGAUUAACAAGAAUACUCAGGAACCAAAGAUUACAAAAUAAAAUAGGACUAAUUUAUAAUGAUUGGAUCUCCUGUGAGCCAGCAGCUGGGGAUGGUGGGGAGGAAGAACUUUGUUUUAACAGGAAGAGAUCUUGAGUAGAACCAGGGAGAGGCAGUUAUCUGCCUGUAAACUUGAAGGGAAAGGGAAAGUUUAUAAGGUCUGUUCUAACUGUUCUGUACACCAGUGUUGUUGGUGUAUUCAUAGUGAGUGUGCAUGGUUGUUGGAGAAAAUGUGGAAAAUUAGCAUAAAAAAUCAGAAAUCUGUGUGACUGAGGAUAGACUCAAACUCACUGCCUGAAUUUUUGCUUCAGUCCAAACCUGAGUACAACCUAAACAUACCUAAUGAAAUAAAAAAGAAGAAUAAACUCCUAACUCAGCAAAAUAGAAGAAAUAGAGGAUGACACGGAGAUGCCACCCACCUCUACCAAACCUGGACUUGCAUUGUUGGGCAGAUAUCAGUUAACAUCCUACACACAGGCUGAGUGACUAGUUUGCUUGCUGGCUGGAGGUGGAAAGAGGAGAGCCCACAGAAGCUGGAGGGAAGCCAGCGUUCAAACGGCAGGCCUGCAACAAGCUACAAACAGCAACCAAUCAGCCGAGCUCACCUGCAUCCCACAGAUAUGAAAGCAGGGUCAUCCUGGAGACUAAAACCCGUGAACCUGCUCACCACCGACACCGAGAGGAGCGUCACUACGUGGACGAGUAUGGCCAGCCGGUCGCUGUGCAGGUGGAAGCUAAAAGGGGGCAUGGUCACAGGAGGCGAAGGUCCCAUUGUGCAAUUGAGUGCAGCGUCCCCACAGAGAGACACUGGGAGGCCCUGAGAGCCAUGGGGCUGAUGGAGGGAGAGGAAAGUCAGGGAGACGGCUACACUGCAGGGCCUUAUUAUGGUCACAUGACUGUGUCACCUGACCUAUACCCUCCCAAUGGUCACAUGAUGAUGCCACCUGAUGCCUACCCGCCCAAUGGCUACCUCCCCAGAUCAUCAAAUGACCAGCACCCAGGCAACAACUACCUGCCCAGUGUGUCCUACAGCUUAGACCACCUGGACAGACUGGACUACCGGGGCCAAGAAAUGUUGCACUACCAGCCUAACUCUGAGAGCUGUCUGAUUGGCUGUUACGGUGCAGAAGAGGUGGACCCGAAGAAUUUCCCCAGACAGUCGGACUAUCGUCAGCCCUGGAGGUCUGAACGUCCUCUUGGCUACCUUCCCCUCAGUGAGCUUGACAGCGGAUUAGGCUGUGGCCCCGACAGCCCACACAACCGGAUAGCGCUCUCCGAAGCUGAGACAGAUGCCAUGUCAUCACUGCCUGGCCACACCCCUUCCUCUCAAGGAUCCUCCUCUUCCUCCGAGUCCCUAAUCUCCUCUGAACCCAGCGACUCAGGCUUCCACAGUGUCAGCACUGGGGAGCACAGACGGCUACACAAGAUUCACGGAGGCCACACUCACCGGCAAGCUCACCAUCUUCGCUCAGGCCACUCCCCUCGUGAGCAGAGAGGACGCUGGGAUUUGGAGUCGAUUCCUGAGACGACACCGAUGACCCAACCUGGAGUACCACAAGCAUCCCAUUGCUCUGUGGGUAACAGCACGACCACAACAGUUCACUUCCACAGAGCUGAGAGGAGUCCCACUUUACCUCGUCACCGUUCACCACCCUCACCCUCUAUUGGUUGUCGUACUGAGCCUUGUCAGCGGAGGGCGCUAUGGUUGGAGCAGCAGCAGCACAGACGAGGCGGGACUGUAGAGGGUCCAGGUAGGAGUCGAACAAUAACAGAUUUGAGUGAAGGACAGCGGCGCCGCAGGGCGAGUCAUCCCAACAUGACAGAGCCAAACACAGCCCAGAUAAACCAGCCAGACACAACCAGCAAUGCACUGGGGCCCAGGAGCAGGGCCAGCUAUCCCAAUAACUGUCACCCUGCUAGUCAUCUGAGCAUAGACAAGACGAGUCUGACCAAUCACCAGAACACAAUGAGAAACAGCCCGGGCUCGAACCGCAGCAGGGAGGAGGACUCGCUCUCUAAGAGCCCUGGAUCCGGCUCCAGUGGAAUGUCCGACUGGCGUGGCAUUCAGACCCUUGGGAAUCGCCCUGGCAAGCCAAAGGGCACAUGCAGUCCUUUCUACAGCACUCUUGGAGCUCCGCAACGUAGUCCUCGCUCUCCACCCUCACCUCGCUCCAGACUGUCCAAUCAGAGGUCAGUCAGGAACCAGCUGCUCAGGGCCCGGGCGUACCGUCUGGCCAGGGAACGCAGUGAGGUCACCACAGACGAGGAGGUGCGAGGAGAGGGAGGCAGACUAGGGGAGGAGGAAGGAGAAGAUGGACGGUUGGCGGGCAGAUACUGGAGCCGGACGGAAAGGAGACGCCACCUGGCGCUGUCACGCCAACACCGAGAGAGGAGAGGAGGUGGGGAGGAGCAAACUGGGAGCAUUCAGGGGUCACUGUCAUCUCAGACGGUGCUGGAACUGAGCCACAUGAAGCAGAACCGACUGAGGAACAGCAAGCUGCUCGAUGAUUGGACAACAGUGGAGGAGCUGUUGACUCACGGGACUCGAGUGGAGAGCGACAGCCAGCUUUGUCCCAGCCCACUGCUGUCGGUCACUACUGUCUGAUGGGAACGCAAUACUUCACCAUUUCCUGAUCACACUGAACAAAACCUCCAAGAUCACUCAGACCCAGAUUCAUUAAAUAUGUGUGGUGGAAACAGCAAACUUCAUGGUCACUCAUGUCUCAGUUACACAUAUAAAUUACAUUAUUUUUAACACAUUUGAAAACAAAGCUUUGUGUAUUGGGGACACAAUUUGCAAGAUUUACCAACAUAAAUCUCACUGAAUAUCCUUUUAAGUCCUUAUAAAGAGAAAAAUUAAGACAAACGUUUACACCUUUCAGUAAUCAGUUCUCCAAAGCACGCUGCCAUUAAAAGAAAUGUAUAACUCUGACCACAUACCAUUCAAGCUCAUUUCAAGUUUACUGCUGUAUUUACAUUCAGUAGAAAAGAAGGCCCAUUUUUUCCCCACGAUUGGACAAGUCAAGACUUCCAGUGUGAUAAGAAGGAAGCUGCUCAUCUUGAGACUCUGAAAUCCUUAGUGCCAUUGUACGUUAAAAACAGUCUUAAGGUCCCUUCUUGGAACCGUGUUGGUAGUCUGUGAACGCUAAACCAUCGUAUACGUGUUGUAGCUGUUAGCUAAAAUGUUUCUACUCUAGACUUUAUGUUUGUGCCGUUGUUGGUCCUUUAGCGUAGCUCAUGCGUGGGACGUUGUUUGCAGUGGGCUGAAACAGAUAAAUACUAUGAAAACUGUCCAUUGUGACCAUUGUGACCACUUCUCAUGCUUUUUGUUAUUUUGUUGUGCUUGUUCGUCACCUUUGUUGGUCCCUCUGUCCACACAGCCAAAGACCUACACAGACACCAGCACAGUUCCAGAGUCCACAUUAGUGAGCCUGUGGACAAGAAGAGAGCACUCUUUAAAGUCAGGAAGAAAAAAACUUAGAAUGUUAGAUUAUGAAUCCAUAUAUCUGGGAUUAAAAUACCAAGAAUUACAUACAUUUUUUUGGGAAGAUUACCUUCCUCUCUUUGCUCCAUUCCUGUUUUUUUUAAAGGUAUAAUGGCCACAACACAGUGUCAUAAUAUUAAAUAAAUUCUCCUAUAGCUACUCAAGUCUGAAAGAACCGUAGAAGAUAAGCUGAUGUUGACUUGCAGGGACUAAAGUUUGAACAUUUAACAUUUCCAUCACACCGAGUAAAGAGGUAAAGGAAAAAAACUUCUGAGCUAAAAUUCCAAAACAGACAUCUUGACAUCCAAAUGGUUUCUGGUGACCCACUAAGGAUUAGAGCUUGGGUUUGGCGGUGCUUCAGCUCGAUGCUAAACAAGCACAUUUCAGAAACUAGAAAAAGGCGAUAACCCACCCAUAACCCUAAAUGGGUCUCCAGUUUUCCGGCGGAAGUUAAGAGGUUACAUUAGACUCACAUCACACUCUUAGUGAAUCUGGAUCUCAGCUGUGUUAUUUAAUAUCUGAUAGGAAGUUCUGACUCAUUUGAUGAUGCGUCAGAGCUCUUCAAAUGCAUCUGGGUUUAUAAAAACAACCGAAGAGCAGAAAAAAAACAUGGUCAGAUCCAAAACUGGGGCUCAGAGGGAGAAAGCUAUCUGCAGAAAAGGCUGAAUGAACACAAAUCAUGAUGAUCAUCCCAGUCCUGGAGACGGUGACCCUUCCUAAGCUCAGUUUCAGCAACACAACCAUCUGCAGAGAGCCUGUAAUCAAGGGCCUGCUAUAAAAAUGACUCUCUGCAGGUUUGAACGAGUAAAUAGACUCUAAAGAGCUGCAUGAGCUUCAAACUCUUAACUCGCACGAUGAACUGGUCAGAUCCUUCACACACCAGACCGCCUGCGACCGGCAUCAAAUAUCACACCACUGGAUGUGUUGCCUUGUGGAAACGUGUCUCUGCUCCUUUUCUAGUUGACCGCCUUUGUUUCUGUGCCAUAAAAUGUCAAAGUCGACUCUGUGAAACGACAAAACUGCUCGCUCUAAGCUUGUUACAGGAUUUCUGCACCUUUAUGAUCAAACAGCCUCUAAAUCCUCUAAGAUGCUGUUUCAACACACUGUCGUUCUUUUUUAGUCGCCACUUUCACUGGUGUAUCCUGGGUGGUUUACCGUUUUAAUCUCCACGCACUCCCACAGACUUGGAGUGUAAAUAAAUGCGGCGCCAUCGAGAGGCCUCGCAAGUCUCUGUGCAGCACUGUGUUCAGCUGAAUCUCCACAUCGCACACUUCUCACAUUUGGUUCUUCAGUCCCGAUGAUUCAUCUAUAAAUUGAUGAUGAAUAUUAUGAUUUUUGAAGCUGCAGUGCAGAACACAUCCUGGUUUCAGAGUCUCGAGUGUCGGAUUUGUUGAUUUUCUUUCUCUUGUAUGACAUUCUUGAACAGUUACAGCCAAAAUCAUAAUGUUCUGUGUUUCAAAUACGUGGGUCAGACAUGGAAACCAAACAGGACAGAUGUAUCAUAUCUACCAGCCGUAGCCCUGAGAGCUCUCCACUGAUAACAAAAAUCUGUCAGCACACAGUUAUUUUGGUAAAUACUGAGAUCACGAUUAUUUAACACAAUUACUGACUGACUUUGGACAACUUUAUAUUUAAGGACAAAUACAAACUUCUCAGUUACAGAUUCUAGAUCCAGGUUAGUUUUAUUCCCUUAACAAAAAGAUGUCUACGACAUUGUUUUCAAUAUGAUAUUUAUUUGUGAAGACAUGAUACAAAAUAUCCAAUUUGGCUCUUUGUUCAGCGCUAAAGAAUGCAAAUGAAAAACUCCACAUCUAAUAACAACUUCAUGCUCAUCCAUCUGUAUCUUUUUCAGUAAUCCUAACAUUCAAACUGAACCAGUUAUUUAUUUAUUGUUUGUAAAAGUCAUUAUUUGAAAACAACCUUUUGAAUUUUUAAACAUAACUGAAAUUUAAAUAUAAUGAAAUAAUGAAAAUAAAGGUUAUUUCCUGAGCCCACACGGUUCCUGAUAAACGCCUGUCUGAGUACUGAGUUAUAUAUUUAGCACACCAGCAAAGACGAUUAUUUUUUAUAUGUAACAUUCCAAAAGUAUAAAACAGAAAUCGGCUUCAUCGUCAUCCAUCAGUUUAUCAAAUAAAUUCUUUCUGUGUAACAUGAGACAAAGAAAAGUAACAAAUCCACACACUGGAGAGGCCAGAUGCAGCAAAUGGUUGGGAAUUUUGCAUAGAAAUUAUUAGGAUUGUACUUCAAUCCAACUGUAUCAAAUGUUAUAAAGCCAAAAUCUCCAAAUCUGCCUGCACACCUGAGAUAACAAUUUAUGAUUUCACAGGUGUCCAGUUAACCAGGAUACCCAUUUUCCCUUGUUUCUCAGAGAGCAUAGGGGGCGCUCAUGAGUUAUUCCAUAAUCAGUGGAGCUCUAUGUAGAUGAAGCCCAAAAAGAUCAGUUUUACUAAAGAAAGCAUUUUUCUUUGGCAAGUUUUCAUGAUGUUCUUAAAAGACGUCUUUGAGCCAACAGAUUUACUUUUAUUUUUAAGAUUUUUUACAGGUUUGUGUUGCAGAAAAGAGAAACCUUUGUAAAGAGAAACCUUUACAGCUUUUCCCAUUUUGAAGUGUGACGCAACCAGUAGCUUCUUAUAUACAAAUGGAAGUUUCCAUUGUUGUUAAACUACACUUCCCAUGACCAUCAAGGACGUAUGCCCGGUCCUUAAACGACCGAUGCAUAAAAAAAGAAAAAUCAAAGGAGAGAUCAAAGAGUUGUUUCAUAUCAGAUCUGGCAUAUUAUCAGUGUGUUACAAAUUCUAAAAAAAAAAAAAAGAAAUAAAAGUAGAAGUUUUGUCUUUAAACAGGUAUAAAUAAUUGUGUUAGCUGUUUAGCUUCAUUUACACAUAUUCAGGAUUGACUCACGAUCGCCCCCUACUGCUCGCCUGGCUGGAUUCCUGGUGGAAAUACCAGGAAGUGGACUCUAUUUCUGGCUCUGUUUCUGUGGCUCUAUUUCUAAUCUGUUAGCCUGGCCUAGCUAAGCUAACUACAUUCUGGCAAUAAUUUCAUAUCCAUUAGAGGCAUGACAGAACUAUCAGUCUGAUCACACAGGAGGCAAAAACACUAUAUUCUUGUGAGCUGUUGCAUCUGAAAUCUGUGAAAACACAACACUGAUGAUACUACACAAACACAGUACAUGAAGGAGUACAUAUCACUACAGGCCAGCUGUUAGCUGCAAAUUCAGUCGAAUUAUUGUACUUUUAAUUCUGUAAACACGUAAUUGAGACUUUGUUCCAGCCUGUCAGAUUAUCAGUGAAGACAUUCAGGUAGAUUUUCAGAUCAGAGAGGAUGAUUAAAUAUCAAGAUAUCAAGGUUUCUGUUAUCUUGUCACAAGGGCUGCUAUGAGCCAAUAUGACUGCAGGCACCUUUGAGGGAAGUUGGCGGUUUCAACAAUCUAAGAAAUGUUUAUCAGGGUUAAAUGUUAUGAUUUAAUAAUGUGUCAUAAUCUAACUGUUCAAUGCAAUUUUGUUAAAUAUGAGAAAAUGUCUGUUUAUUUUCAUAUUUCAUGGGAAGAUUUGGAGGAAACUGAGUUUCAAAGGUUGGUCCUGUCAAACGAAUAUAUCUGAGGGUUUUUUCUAAGCUGUGUGUGUGUGUGUGUGUGUGUGUGUGCGUGCGUGUGUGUGUGUAUGAAGAAAAGUGAAUUUGCUGGUUUGUUGGUAGUGAUUAGCCAAAGAUAACAGGGUAACUUUGGUUUGUGGACAAUCUAGAAGAAUAUCUCUGUACCAUGUAAAAGUAUAUUUUAUAAUCAUAGCAGUUUUCUAUAUUUUAUCCUUUAUUUUGCCUUGAAUAGAUUACUUCUGCUUUAAACCAACAUCCUGCUGUGCUAGUGUGUGUACAUACAUGUUAGCGUAUCAAGUGUUGCAUAUACAAGCGCUAAUAUUACAGUCAAAGCCUAGCAUGCUAACUCCUGAUUAGCACAGAACAAGUGUUUCAUUGAUUGCCUAAACUGCUGUUUGUGCUAAAACUGUUGUCCUGUCUUUGUUUUUCUUUUGGGGGCGGGGGUUUACAGCCUGGGCUUUGGAUGGGACAUCUGAGAGGCAACGAUAAUAAUUCAAAUUGUUAAGCUAAAGCAGAGCCAAAAACUGGACAUGCCUGUGAUUGCUACAGGUACUUAUCUUGUGAAUUUUAAUAACAAUAAGAAUUUAAUUAAAUAUGUAAAUAAUUUGUUAAUAAUUAGCUAGUGUCAGUGCCAGUUUGUCCAGAACCUCCGAGGCCGGACGAAAGUCUGUCUCCAAACUUCUUCCAGACCAAAGAGAAUUCUAAAAAGGGAAAAUAAGUUUGCUAACUGUGAUUCCUUAAAGCUUUUGCUUUGAACAUGAACAACUUUCAAGGAAAUUUGCUCUUUCCUUUUUUCUUGGGUUCAGAUGAUCAUCAGUUUGGAACCUAUCUUAGCACCGAAAAGUAAAGAGAAACCAAGUCUGGUGCUCCAGUGCCACUGAUAUAUUUAUGUUUACCUUCAUAGUGCUUAUCAUGGCUAGACUGUGUGCAAUUCAUGAAGAUUUCAUAGUUUUCAAAAGAUGUUGCAUCCUUGAAAACCUCUCUGGAGGUCAAGACAAGCUACUUUGCAAAGAGUGCCGUUUAUUUUUGCCACGUUUGUUGGGCUGAAAUAUCAAACAGCUGUUCGGUCAGUAAAGUCAUGUGAACACGUUUCUCUGAACCCUGCCCGUUCCUCCUGAUUAGAUAUGUAAUGAAGUGGCAAAUAACAGCAAUAAAUAUUCCUGCUUUGACUGUGAAAUUAAAACCACAGAUCAACAUUAUGUAACUAUAACCAGUAUAAGAUUUUUGUGCUUACCUUUGACAGUGAAGAAUUGUCCUUUACUUAGUCUAGUUUUAGUCGACUAAAGAUCAUUACAUCAUCGUAGACUAAAUCUGAAGUUGACUAAAAUAUAAAGUGUAAAAAUGUAAACGUUGCUGCACACGGUUUAUGAAGCGUCUUAUAUUCCUUGACACCAAAUUUACUCUUCUCUUCCUCCCAAGCUUUGACAUGUUGUCAGAGCGUAACCCCGCCCCCCCCCAACAUGUAGUCACUAUUCAUCGACAAAAGUGUCAAUACAUUUCAUUCUAGUUUUUGUCAAAAUUAACAAAAUGAACACAGACGUUGAGCCAUCUGUUUUCAGCAUGGGAUGAUUGGACACUUUAAUCUUCUAGAUUAGAAGUUAGGAGUUACUGGAAAACUCCAAACACAGACAAGGAUGCAAAUUAGAAAUUUGUAAUUUUAAUUCUUUCUCUUCCGCGUAGCGUCAGCCAUGUUUGUCACCGAGGACAGGUUUUAGACCAGACGCCACGGUGCCACAGGCUGCGCACAGUCACCGCUGAACAAAAAGUAGUUCCAUCAGGAAACCAUGAGCAUGGUAACUUUAGAAGCAGCUUCAGGAUUGUUAGCGAUGUCCUGGUUUCAGUCUCAAAAGAAAUGAGAAAUGAGCAAAUUUCCACAAAUGUUCGACUGUUUAUUUAGUGGCUAUUGGUGAAUUCUUUUAAACACAAAGUAUGCUUUCAUCAGCACAUUGAGGAUUGCUGUUAGACAGUAAAUGACCCUUCAUGUUCUUCAGGUUGUGCGAAUCUGUUCAUGCAUCUUCGCCGAUUUUGUGUGCAAUAAUCUGAGGUCGUGUUGCCAAACUUCUCACUGCAGUCUGUGGCAGGUCGAUUCGGAGGGACUGCGUCCUUCUGCACAACUGCACUGUAACGUCUGGUGCUCAGGUCGUGUCUGUGUGACGUCAGGAAGCGACUUUAUGUGAUGAGAUAAUGACGAGAUGGUGUCAAUUUUUUUUUUGGAUUGCGUUUUCAUGAACCCUGUGACCUCACAAAUGUGACAGAAAAUCUGAAUCAUGACGUCUGUGAAACUGUUGCAGCUGUGAGAGAUUUGUGCUGGUUUGAUCGAUCACCCAGAACUCCUGUAAAGAAAUGUCAGUAAACUGUGAACAUUUAAACAUG